UAUUGUAAAAUAAAUCGAAUUACGAGUGAACCUGAUAUACUUGAAUUAUGCAUUUUAAUGAUAAAUUCAAGUAUUUAUAUUCCGGAAGGAAUUGAUAAUUUGGAUAAACUUGUUAGAGCACUUAGUUCACAUCCAACCUUUAGCAUUUUUAAAGAUUCCUGUAAAAGAAAAUUACAAGUAAUGAAAUAUAUUCCCGAGGAAGAAGGAAAUUAUACUGCAACAUUCCUUGCCGAUUUUCGUUCACUUUGUAAUGAUGCGGAAAUUUAUGAUCAUAAAGAAAUUAAAAAUUUACUUUUUAGUACAUAUUCAUCAAAUGAAUUCUCAAGAAAUGAAUUCUUGAAAAGUGUGGAUGGUGUUAAUUCGACAGAUAAAAUAUUUAAAGCGUUUAGCGAUGUUGUCUUUGACGAAUUAAAAGUAAUUAAAUAUGGUUCUUUAAUUACUUUAAAACAUGUUUUAACAGGAAAAUAUUUAUCUAGUUGUAAAAUGAAAUAUCAAACAGGUUCUAAACAGCAAUUAGUAUUUGCUGGUGAAAGAUCCAAUGAAAAAUCAAAUUUUUCAUGGUUAUUAAAUUCUUGUAAUUCCUAUCAAACUGAUAAAAUAUUUUAUGGCGAUGACGUAUAUUUAACUCAUAAAGCAACUGGACAUGAGCUAUAUAUAGAAAGAUGUUAUAAAUCUCCUACAACUGGAUUUGCAGAAGUACAUUGUAGAAGUGAUUAUUAUUAUUCUACUUUACGUUGCAAUACAACAAAACAUAAUAAUACACCCUACGUGAAGACUGGUGAUAUAAUUACUUUAAGAAGUUCUGAUUUUUCUUCGGAUUAUUCCGAUGAAGCUGAGAACUUCGAUAAUCCAGAUAAUUAUAUUUUAUCUAGUCAUAAUU